GCCUGUGACCUCCGCGCUGCGCACGUAACACCAGGGAGGAGAAAAAUGACUGAACAGAGAUGUGAUUGUUCCGUGUUGCCUUCGACACCAGUGAACUCUUCUUGGCUCGCUUCAGAGAGUUAACAGCGAGAAUAAGGAGCGGGCCCGAGCUGUCCAGCCAGCGGAAUGUCGUCACAAACGGAACCGACGGUCGGUUAACGUUAACGUUACCCGGUGAAUUCCUGCGCACAGACGUCGGACGAUGCUUAUCGGAUGCCUAACCAGCCCUAGUGUGUCUGAUCUUUUUGACGGCUACAUGACAGUGUUUAUCUAUAAAAAGUGAACUCCAGGUGUGAAGCGGAAGGUUUCUGCGGCGGUGACAGCCACGUCAACUCACGUUAUAUAUCUGUUUAGUGCGUUAUAGUGUGCGCACGUGUGUUUUUAAUAUAAACAACAACAACAACAACAACAACUUGUAGGGUAUUUUUGCUCGACAAUGGCUCCGAUGGGGAUCCGGCUGUCCCCGCUCGGUGUGGCGGUGUUCUUCCUUCUUGGACUGGGAGUCAUCUACCACCUGUAUGCAGGAGUCCUCUCCACCCGCUUUGCUGCUUUCAGACAGAGGGGGAAAGUGGAUCUGCGGGACCUGCUGGCGGUCUCUGUGGAGGCCGCAGUGCUCGGUGGCAAAGAGGUGAAGACGGUGCGUGAUGAAAAUGGCCUGAAGGAGAAGUCGAAGGGCAAGACCAGGGAGGGAGCCAACGAGCUUCUGACUAUGGGCGACCUGCAGUCUCACAGGAAGAUGUUUAACCUCAUUAGCAACACCUUCCCCGAAAUCAAGGUGAACAGCGAGGAAAAUGACAACGUGUUAGAUAAGGCUGCGACGUGGAGCCGGCAGAUUCCAGCUGACGUACUAGACAAGAUAGAGGGGGGCAAGGACGUUCCCUCUGGGAGCAUCACUGUGUGGAUCGAUCCUCUAGAUGCGACACAGGAAUAUACAGAGAAUCUGGUGAAGUAUGUGACUACAAUGGUAUGUGUGGCUGUAAAUGGUAAACCAGUCAUUGGGGUCAUACACCAGCCGUUCACUGGGUUCACUGCUUGGGCAUUUGUAGGUCAGGGGUCAAAUAUGCGUCCCCGGUCGUCCUACAGUGUCAGCCCUCCAAAGGUGAUUGUAUCACGUUCCCACUCUGGAAAAGUUCGAAGUUUUAUCCAGGAGGCUUUUGGAAACAGCACAGAAAUCAUUCAAGCAGGUGGAGCGGGAUAUAAGGUCCUGUCGCUUUUGGAGAUGCCUUCACUUCAAAGUGAAACGGGAUCAAUAGACCAGGCAGAUGUUUACGUCCAUGUCACCCGUAUUAAGAAAUGGGACAUCUGCGCUGGUGCGGCAAUACUGAAUGCACUGGGAGGCCACAUGACAACCCUAAAGGGAGAGGACAUCGACUACAGUGAAGAACCAGUCAACGCAGGAGGACUGGUGGCCAGUGUUGGUGUGGACCACAAGGCCUUACUAGAGAGACUACCAACCCUGGAUCUUGAAAAGGUCUGAGAGGCACAAACACAGAGCCAUUGGUAGUCUGGUCAGGUUGUGUGGGCAACAUGUGACAUCACCGUGGGACACGAAACAUCUGCCAAUCGGACGGAUUGGAGUCACUGUCGCCGGCAUGAGCAGGACUGUGGAACCAACAUGGCUGCCACUGGAAAGCGCAGUGGCUGACACAAUGGCUCUGAACGCACACUACCGUACAUGCAUACACACUUGCAGCUAGGAGAAUCGGUACAUCAUGCAUAUACAUACAAACACAUGCUCACAAUGAACACCGGACACCUGCUGCCCUCACCCUUCACCGUCAGAGGACAACGGGACGACUCUAAUGUGAAAAUUUAAAUCACUAUCUUUGCUCACUAUCUGUAAUUAUUCAAGGCUGGAUAGAAACUCACCCUGAAUGGAAACAUUGAGCCUCAGCGACCUAAACAUCCAGUGUAAUAUGGGGUUACUCGCCACUGAGUUGCAUUUCAUCAACAAACCCUGUGUUCAACAGCAUCAUUCUGCCACAACAAUUCACUUCACACUGUCUUAAAAUGAUCUACUUCUUCAAAGUUGUUAUCUGACGUGGAUUAGAGACGGAACAUUUCCACUUUGAAUGGACAGUGAAUACAUGGCAUGCCACUUUACAUUUCCAUUCGUUGGCCUUGCUCACACUGUAGAUGCAGGUCUCUUAAACUCUUACUCGGGACCCGUGGUAAAUUUUAAAGAGCCUGGGCCUUAAUGUAGUUGCACAGAUUUGAUCUUUGCUUCAAGUUAAGAAAACCUCAUUCAGAUAAAAAAAAAAAAAAAGCAUAAAAACCUUCCACCCUCGUACUUCCCCCACUUUUUCACCAGAGAGAAAAUGCAAAAUCUUUCAUGUGAACUGCUAAGAUUGUUUAAAUUAGUCUGGACUUUUCAUCAGUUAGACUUUCAUCAAGUCGUUGCAAGGCCCAGAAAGGCAUCAGACCUAUUCAGAUUUACUAAGUUACAAAUAUUACAGAAAAUAAUGUUUCAUCACCAUUAAAUCUAGAUUAAAUGCCCAAAUGGAAAAAUUGGGGGAAGAUUGAAGGACAAGUUUCUCUGUUUUUCAUUUUUUUUACUGUGUCUCUUUUGUGUGAGACAGAUACACAAACAUAGCACAAUAUGAUAACAAGAAGAGAAGCAGCAUAGUUGAAGAGAUGCUGCACGGCUGGCAGUGAGUACUAGGAUGGAGGAUGACUAACAAGUGUUUCAUGAACCUGAGCAGAGGCCUAAUCAAUCAGAAGAACAUAAAAUGUGUGUGGGUGUACAUUUGCUUGGAGUUGUCUCUUUUUUUGUCGUCUUUAUCUUCUUCAGCAUCCUUCACAGCCUGAUCCCCCACAUAUUAUCAUCGUCAACACCUCUCCGGUACAGACAGCGUUGGUCGGCUGUUGCAUUAAGAGCAGGUCCUGUGGAACCAGACUAAAGACUGGAUUGCCGCGUGGUCUCACCUCUGCUGAGAGCGAGGUACAAAAACAAGCCUGAUCCAAUAUGUACAGUCUCAAUCAAUGACUUUAAAACUGACUACUCUGGGUUACAGAAGAAAGUCAUUUGUGUUUCCUUAGUGUUCUGUCGCCAAGAAUUAAAUGGAAGUUUAAAAAAACUAGACCAUGGGAAAAUGUCAUGUUGAAGACUGUGUCUAAUAUUGACGCUUAGCAGAGCUGGACUGGGACAUUCUUUCCUCCUGGUUUCCAAAUAAUUCCUGGCUCUGUAUAAUGUACUGUGCACUAUCCAGACCUGGAAAGUUCAGUGAUGCAGAAGGACACCCUGGUACUAGUUUGAGACUGUGUUUACGUACAUAUGUACUUGCAUGGUUCUGUAUUUUAAUUAACUUUUGGUCCUCUUAACACUUUUCACCCUUCUGAAAAUGUCGCUGGCUCAGUUGACCUCUGCCAGACUACUAUAGAUCCUUCUGUACCAUCAGUCUGCCAGAUGUGUAUACAGCUUGCUCUGCCACAGACUGCAGCUCAUGAGGAGACAUCAGUUAGAGGUUGGGCCUUCAUGUGCUAAAUUUCAUUUUUAUGGUUGGAGUGCCUUUUGAUCUGUGCAGAACAACAUUGUCCAAGGAUGGCGUGUUUGCCACAGCGUUCAGGAUGAGUUUUGUAUAUGUUGCUUUGGUAGCGAUGGUUAAUACGCAAGUAUAAUUCCACAAAAGCAGUUUAAAUGGCUUUACAGUGAUGUGGAAAUUGCAUGUGUACUAAUACUGUAGGCUACAUUCCCAAUUGGAUUGUGCUCCUUGUGUCCUGUAUGAAAGAAACAGUUAAGUGAGUUUGAGCAAGAGAUGAUUAUUAAAGUGGAACUCCACCAAUUUCACACAUCAAAUCAUUUCCCAGUCUUGGGGAGGGCUACUGCAUGUGUGGGGGGGGAAAACAUGUAAUAAAGUAAGUUUAAUUAGUGUCUCCAGAGGGAGCUGUGUGAAGUCUGAUUAAUGUCCUCAAGUGAUGUCAUUUGAGUCAUCAGUGGGUCUGAAGACUACACGCUUGAUAAGGACUUAACUCUGGAGGUGUGAGCUCACCAAUUUUAAUGUCACAUGACAUUAAAACCGCACGGGAGCAAGCGCAGCUGCAGUCACUGAGUCCAGUGAAGGCAGUUUCUUUUCUCCGACUGCACAAAGUUGGAACCACCUUUUGUCGUUCUAAGCUCACUCUAAGCUCCCGCAGGUACAUUGUGUCUGAUUUGACUGCAAGUUUUUUAAGCCUCCCUGCAGUCGCCUGCAGCUGAUGCUUGACUAUCAAGCGCAGUCAUCUCAAACGCACCUGAUAUCUCUGGUUCUCCUGCAUCAAUUUAUAUCAUUUUCCUUUUGUUUGCUGAGAUCCUUUUUAAAUUUGUGGAGUACUCCUAAUAUAUAAACCACAGACUAAGAUUGUACAACGGGGGCACCGUGUGUUCUGCCUGUUUUAAAAGUGUAAUAUGUUCAUUAGGCCUCAAGCCUUCAGCAGCACAGUGGACCCAGCAUGGCUGCCACUGAAAUUUACCUGAUCCGGUCAGCUGCUGUAUCUACAGAGGCUCGUGUUCUUGGUAAGCUGUGAUACAGUAACCAGUCACAUACAGCAAAAGCAAAACAGCUUUUUAUCAUCACAAAGUGUGAAGUGUUCUGUGACUUUACAGGAUCUUCCCAAAUCCAGUUCUAGCAGCUGUCAAGUUAAGAUAUGACUUGGUCCAGGACUCGUGUUAACGGAACUGACAUGUUGUUGGAAUUUAAAAAACCUAAAAGUUGUAUUGUCCAAUUUCUUCCCAUCUUAAGUUUACGCUGCAUGGUAAUUAAAAAAGAAACCUCAUUACAUCCCUGA